AUGGUGUCGUUAGUUAUGAUUAGUUAUCAAUUAUUCUUGCAAUGGUGUAUAUAUUCAAGUGUACUUGGUUAUAUGAAGAGUAUUUAUACUAUUACAGACAUAAAUCAAGAUGAAUUGAAAGAUUCCCAUUGCAAGAGUUACGAAGCACCUUUACAACUUAACUAUAUAAAGCAAAAGUUAAAUAUGCCUGAACAUCUGCAAGUUACGACGGCCCGAUACAACACGAGUGGCAUUGCUUUUGGGACAAUCCCUACAGCAAUUAAUAUCAAAGAAGAUCCCAUUAUAACAUUUAACAAACAAAUACAUAGAUUUCUUUUUGGACAUAAAACCUACGAUGAUAUUAUAAAAAUGUCUAACGUUCAAAAGUUAAAGCUCGAUGAAUUCGGUACAGAUUCUCUGAUUCAGUAUCCAAGUGGAAACAUAAUGAGAGCCGAACUAUUUGAGAAUAAAAGUAGUGUACAUAUGCCAAUAUCUGAGUAUAUGCAUCGAGGAUAUUGUAAUUUAAAAAUCACCAAGGAUUAUAUGCAGACGGCUGUAAACGCUUUCUCAAUAUUUCUGGAAGGAAAUUUGGACGAUAUUUUGCGAUUACCACCUAUGUAUGUAUUGCGUUCGGCUCGUACCAUAGCUAUGAUGAAGAUCGGCCGUGAAAAACUGGCAGCGACGUGGACUGUGGUGAAGGCCGGCAAUAAGCCUAGUAGUAUUUCUUACCAGACUCUUGAGAUGUACCGACCAUUAUUCAAGUAUUUGAAUGGAAGGGAAAUUGCCCGGCUCAAUUUGAGCGAUGAUAGAAUACUUAUGUAUAUUGGUACACACGCUGAUCUUAAUAGACAUCAGGUAGGCGUGGUAGCCAGCAAAUAUAUACAACUGAAUAAGAAUUGGAUGCAACCGAAAUAUCUAAAUAUGAUGAACAAUUUGCUAUGCGGUGUACCUAUGACCUUUAUGAGAAAAAUUCCCGAAAACACUUAUUUGCAACUCGCUCAUCAGGUGUUUUAUCACAUCAGAGCGUGUGAUCCGUUGCAACGAAGAUUCUAUCUAGCGAUGAUGACAAAAACUCAGGCACUAGGAAAAUCGUACAGCUGGAGUGCUCGAGAUGUUUCUCGCUUAGGUCUGCUAUUAGCCGAAGUAGAAGGACCUGCUUUUAGUGCUAUUAACCCUGAAGCUAUGUCUGGUAUCACAGCACAGAUAAUGAUGGAAAUACCGCCACAAACUUUAAAAUACAUCACUGAAAUGCAGCUGCGUUACAUUGGACAGAAACCUCUCAAUAUACUUGCAAAGAAAUUGAAAAUGUUUCAAGAAGAACAUCAUGAAAACUUAGGAUAUUCUAUAGUAUAUGAUCGUCGCAUAGCCAAACUCGGUAUUGCUAUGAGGCCAGGGUCAGGAAUAAGGAGAUGGUCACAGAGGGCGGUGCACGGGGCCGGAGGCGCGGGCCGCGGGUCGCGGCGCCUCUCACCGUCGCGCCGCGCCGCAGUCCGCGCGAGGUGCCGCCGACGGUUCGUUGUCUACUCUGGUGUACCGUAG